AUGAACACCAAACCUGUCCUAACAAGUCACUUCAGCCGCAUUGUCAUUCUCAAGCAAAAGCUGCCGGGAAGUUUACGCCUCGUCAAAGCAGCCUGCCGGCGAGAUGGGCGAAACCCUGCCGAUCCGGCGAGAAACAUCCUUGUGGACGGAGGUCGCCGGAAGCGGAGCACACCUCGAACAUUCCGUCGCGGCGCAGGAGACCGACGGCACGGUUUAUCUUGCGCUCGACACCUCGGGCCGAAUCGGAGCACAUGGGCGGGGCACGCGGGCAGCGGCGCGAGUGGGAAUCGGUGCGCGAUGCGGGUCGGCAGAUCUUCUCCACAAUUCGUGCGAUGUGAUUGGGGAGCAAACCGUUCUCGAGCGAAUCAGCAUGAUGCAAAUCUGAAGCCACGGCCCAGCGACAUCAAUCCCAACAAUCAACUUCUGAGGGCAGAAUAUAGUCUCUUGUUAUCUUGUGACGAGUAUCGGAUCGAUGCACAUCCGUGCUAUUUUUCGUGCAUGCGGGGAAAAUGUUAAAGACAUUGAUGUGUUUAACAAACGCAUCAUGCCGCCAUAUUAUUUAGUAGGAGGAUGGAAAUCAAGUUGUGGUGAUAGAGAGGACCACAUCUCAUUUCACCGAAUGAGGAGAAUGAUGGAUGGCACUUGAAAGUAUGUGCUGCGAGAUGAGCGCAGUGAAUGCUCAUGUCCUUCGGGGGGGGGGGGGGGGGUGCAUGAAUGAAUGGGUGCACAGUCAUCUCUUCCAACACUUUUAUAUAAUGAACUGAAACACGGCCUGGACAGCCACGACAUCCUUCAAUCAAUCACAGGAACAUCUGCAUUUGGAUGGGAUUGGUGCUGUCUUCAGCUGUCAGAAUAUUGCAACUCCUUGCUCCGGAAUCUCAAGAACCUGCAAGCGUCAAGUUCAGGAAAGGUUUCUCUUUUUGUACGGGACACCGGGUAAUACAGCAAAAAGGAUGGGACAACCCCCAUCAAGCCGUACAGGGAAACCAAACGGGUAGCAUGAGCUAGGCCCCAAUAGCACCACAAUCGAAAAUAUGUCUGACCGACUUCAAGCCCGGGAUUUGACCCUAACGACUUAUCUUCUUGGCAAAAACAGAUAAGGGUGAACAGCAAGGGGUCCCUGUAAUCCUCUUUUUCCACGUUGAACUCGUUGGGUUGUGAAAGAAUAUCAGUUUUCGAGAAAUUUUAUUGAGGCUGCUGAUAUUGCUCCAGUUCAGACGGUCAAUAAAUCCAGAUGCUGAGAGCAAUGUGGCUGUGGCUCGAGCACAACGGCGGCUUCUGUCCACUCUAUGAACACUUCGUGGAUGGAGCCAAAGUUCAUGCAUAAAAAAUGCGCACUUUGCGUGUGGCUGGGGCUCGUGGCCACGUGGACAGCCCAAAGUAGGCGCACCCUUUGGAUGUUGGAAAGAUGUCAAGCACCCAGUUCUACGGAGGCUGGCUGCCUGGGGCACUCCAUUGCUCUCGCAGAUCCAUCAAAACCUCCGCUUUCUUGCCUUCACUCUCACUCUCAAUCAGAAAGUGAGAGCUACUCUCUGCUCCCUUUAGGAUCAAACAACGGACGUCUUUCCACCAAUGUUCCGUUGAGUUCAAUUCAGUCCAGUCCACCUCUUUUCAGUUAAGUUCAUUACAUGCUACUGCGCCAAUGACCCCACAUAAGAUGCAGGAGAGGCACUCAAUCAUCCGGUUUUGAUCUUGCGAUCAUGACACUGCGAAAUGGGCCACUGAGAGAACAACGUGGCGAUGUGUAGUAGGGUGGAGGAGAAUCACGCAAAAAAUACCUUGUGAUUAUGAAGUGUGCUUGUCCACAUUUGGCACAUGACGGUGUCGCCUAAGGGAUACUUCUGACAAAGAGGGAUCGAAUGCACGUGAAUGAGACACGACAAGUGAAGGCGAACUGAUUCCGGACAUCCAUGCGAUAGUUGUAGGCUAAGAAACGUGAAGUGUAGACCAUACAAUCUCUGUUGUCCGUUCUGUGCUCGCCAUUCAUGGCGUAGUCGGCUGACACGAGACAGAGUCUGUAGAGCGUGCACUAGGAAUGUUCUCCGAGCUUGCUCGCCUGUUCUCCAAGCAAUCCACUCCAUCGUGUUGCCUUUUUCCGAACUCGGGGGCUGGCAAACUUAUCCAAUUUGAUAACAGUGUUUGAAAAACUGGGUAAGCAGUACAGAAUGCGACCAUUGUCAUGCUCAUGAGCAAGUUUGUCUGAAUGUUGGACGCAUGAGGCAUUUGCAACGCGAUGAGCUUUGUAAAUAGUUGUUUGCAGAAGUAAUACAGGACAAUAAGACAUUUCGUUGGGCGUGGGUGAAGUGCAAUCGAAAUGUCUUAAACUGGCCCAAUGAGGAACAUUCCCAUAAAAAACUGUAUGACUGGAGAACUGACAGUCGCAGAAAGACACCAAAGGCAGCACAAUACAAUGUCUCAGAAACUUCUCA